GUCCUAGCCUAGUUAGUCCUAUGGGGGCUGUGUGGCUUUGAGGUAGGGGUUUAGGGAGAAGUUAGUCAUUUACUACCUCUGCAAGGACCCUGUUCAACACCCCCCCCCCCCCAGUAUCCCUAAAGUGACACUACUCCCCCAAGGCUGGCUUCUGUUUCUCUAGCUCCUGCCAUGAUGGCUGGAGGUUCCACGAGAAGUUUCCCACUCUCCAUCUUGGUCUCCCACCCUCGAUCCUGAGAAUUAAGUGGUCUCUACUUCCCCAGGCAAAGGUCUGUGGCCUGAUCUCCUAGGAGAGCCACUCCUGGUGGCCAUGAGAGAGACCCUGGAGGCCCUGAACUCCUUGGGAUUCUCAGUGGGACAGCCAGAGAUGGCUCCCCAAAGUGAGCCCAGGGAUGGGUUCAAUAAUGCCCAGGGGAAGAUGUCAUCUAGGGAAGAGAGCACACUGCACUCAUGCUCAGGGCACGAGACCCCAGGCCAGAAAGAAGGCAUCCACACAGAACAAGCUGAAGCUCCGAGCAUGGGCAGCCAGGCCUGUGCCCCACAGAAGGCUGAGCCUGCCGGCUCUGUGCCAGGGGAGGAGUGGAUGAUUCGGAAGGUGAAGGUAGAGGAUGAGGAUCAAGAGGCAGAGGAAGAGGUGGAAUGGCCCCAGCAUCUCUCUUUCCUUCCCAGUCCUUUUCCCGCUCCUGACUUGGGCCACCUGGCUGUUGCAUACAAACUGGAGCCAGGGACUCCGGGGGCUCUAGGUGGGCUCUCGUUGUCGGCUUGGGCCCCGAUGCCUGAGAAGCCUUAUGGCUGCGAGGAAUGUGAGCGGCGUUUUCGAGAUCAGCUAACUCUGCGGCUGCACCAGAGGUUGCACCGGGGCGAGGGUCCCUGCGCCUGCCCGGAUUGUGGCCGCAGUUUCACGCAGCGCGCCCAUAUGCUGCUGCACCAACGCAGCCACCGCGGAGAGCGUCCCUUCCCGUGCUCUGAGUGCGACAAGCGGUUCAGCAAGAAGGCCCACCUGACCCGUCACCUGCGCACGCACACCGGCGAGCGGCCCUACCCGUGCGCAGAGUGCGGCAAACGCUUCAGCCAGAAGAUCCACCUGGGCUCGCACCAGAAGACCCACACCGGAGAGCGGCCCUUUCCCUGCACUGAAUGCGAGAAGCGUUUCCGCAAGAAGACACACCUGAUCCGCCACCAGCGCAUCCAUACGGGCGAGAGGCCUUAUCAGUGUUCCCAGUGCACACGCAGCUUCACGCAUAAGCAACACCUGGUGAGGCACCAGAGGGUGCACGAUGCUGCUAGCCGUACCCGGUCCUCUCCCGACGCUCCUGCUUCUCCCCAUUCUCCUGCCCCGUCCCCUCCUGGGCCCAAGCCUUUCGCUUGUUCCCACUGUGGCCUGAGCUUUGGCUGGAAAAAGAACCUCGCUACGCACCAGAGUCUGCAUCUCACCGAGGGUCGCCCUUUUGGGUGCGAUGAGUGUGCACUGGGCGCCACCGUAGAUCCCGCCGCCGCCGAGCCCUCAGCCUGCGCUCCCCACGCUCCUGACUGUGGCCCGGGUUCGGGGCCCGCGGCGCCCCCGCGCACCAGCUCCGGUGAGCGCUCCUUCUUCUGCCCCGACUGCGGGCGCGGCUUCGCUCACGGGCAGCACCUGGCCCGGCACCGGCGCGUGCACACGGGCGAAAGACCCUUCGCCUGCGCGCAGUGUGGCCGCCGCUUCGGCUCGCGGCCCAAUCUGGUCGCCCACUCUCGGGCUCACAGCGGCGCCAGACCUUUUGCCUGUGCGCAGUGUGGCCGCCGCUUCAGUCGUAAAUCUCACUUAGGCCGCCAUCAGGCAGUGCACACGGGCAGCCGCCCCCACGCUUGUGCGGUCUGCGCCCGCUGCUUCAGCUCCAAAACCAACCUGGUCCGCCACCAGGCAAUCCAUACGGGCUCCCGCCCCUUCUCCUGCCCGCAGUGCGCCAAGAGCUUCAGCCGCAAGACCCACCUUGUGCGGCACCAACGCAUCCAUGGCGAAGCGACCCUCCCAACCUCAGCCUCGAACCUCUCGACUCCAGCCUGGCCCAGUUCCUCCGAGGUUGUGCCUCCUCCAAUCUUCUUUUAAGCGAAGUUCUGACCCGCAUCCUUCCUUUCCUAACAGAUUUGGAAAACUCAUGCCUGGAGACUUCGUGGGCUUUCAGCAGUCUGACUUAGGUUGCUGCUGAAGUACCAGGACACAUGUCAUUGUCCUUUCCAUAAAGUUGAGAAGUCUGAAAAGCAUACUUAGCUCUUGACAGCCGUGACAAAGAACAUGCAGAGAGAACCCUUCCUUGCUUUGGAAAUCGGGCAUUUCUGGGGAUCAACUAGGUGAAGGGGAGACUGGGCAGGAAACCUCCACCUAAAGGGAAAGAAUAGUUAUUUAUGUACUUGAAGUUCAUUAAAGUUCAAAUCUGAAGUUUGGGACCGAUUGA